AUGGAUUUUCGUUACCCGGUCUCCCGCGAGGAACUUUACUCUGUGCAAAUGGACGUCAAGCAGGUCCAGAUUGUGCAGAAUAGCCAUGCCGAACGAUUGUCUCGCUUAGAGAAGCGCCAGGCUGACGACGCCGCGAUCAAGUCUGCUUGGAACUCGCCUUUCCCCAGCGCACUGGGCGGCACGCCUCAGCACGGACCGAUUCAGAUGCCUUCAGCCGAGAUAUUUGACGAUUUCGAGGAGCAGGGCCAAAAUCUACUUGGAAGUCUUCACCUCGACACUGAAGAUGAGCCUACAAGACGCGGCGCAGCUUCUCGGGCCAACAGCGUUCGUUUCGAUGAAAGUGCCUUGCAAAGUUCUAGCUGGGCUCAAAAUGGCCGCCAUUCGGGUGACUUCGGCCCAAUCAGACCGGGAAGCGGUCUUGGUAGUCAUGGUAUGAUGGAGCGCUCACUCUCCCACAAGUCUGACGGCAGGCAUAGCUCUGCGGGCCAUUCAGUACACUCGAUCCAUUCUCAUCAUUCCGUCGCCUCCGGCCGAGGCAGCAGCCUGGGUCUGGACACAACCUUUACUCCUGGCGGUCAAGAAGACGACUCUCCAAUCGGCAUUCCUGAGCCUCCUCCCGGUCUCUUCGUCCUAGGUUCGGUACCAUCUAUCAUUCGAUGCUGGCUCACGUCCGACUUCGCCCAUGAUACCCUUCUCUAUGCGGAUAUUUGCACUGGAUCACAGAAAUCAGUCCUCGAAUUCUCCCUGAUAAAGAAAUUGGAUCUCGAAGAUGCUAUCCACCGUGACUUGGAUGGCAUUCACCGAAUCAGGCUGCAUGUGUACCUAACUGAGGCCACGGUAUCUCACGCGAGCUCCCGAAGAGCGAGUCCGGCACCACAGAUGCCAAGUCUCGCCUGCAAUUUUGAAGUGGUCGGUUUAGACCAGCCCGACAACGUCGAUGCCAAGAAAAACAUCCGCGUAUUCAUCGGCAGUGAAACCCUGAGAGAGCACUCUGCCGACGUCUUGUUCUCGCAGAAUCGCAUGACACUGUACGGUAGUGAACGGGAGAAAUUAUCGAUCCCCUUUGUACGCCCCGAAGACAACGCGGUCUUUAAGCAUAUUCGCACGAUGGCGGUGUUCUCUGAGAAGCCUAAACUAAAUGCGACUGCUCGUCCGUUCGUGUUCGGCGAAUUGAAUCAGCCAACAACUGUCAAAGUCACCCCAGCCGCGCAAGAGAAAGAAUCCCAAGAUGAGCACGAAGCUCGUGGAGUCAUUACUCCAGCUUCAGAGCCCACUAGCCAACAAGCUGGAACCACUGACGCGAGUAAUGUAUCAGAGAGUGGAGAGGAGAGCGAAAGACAGUAUCAGGAAGUCAGUCAGUCUGCAUUGCCCACGAAGGAUUCGCAAGCACAGUCAGUCGACGCUUCCGGGGACAGCACACGACGAGCUCCCGCAGCAGGGGGCAUAUGGAAUUCGUGGCGUCAGGGGACCCCAACCAACGGCCAGGAGCGAAAGGAGAGUGCACCCUUGAGUGGGUAUCAGCCCGCCGGACGUGCAGGACGCAGCAUGAAAGUCCUGAAGCCUAUGAAGGUAAACCCUUCAUCUUCAGCACGCACAGGAGGAGCUUACGAAUCGGCACCGCUUCCGAGAAGCAGCGGCGAGCCCCGGCUCAAAAGUCAAGCUGGUAUCGAGAGUGGUAGCAAUAGCAACACGAUUCGAUGGGAAUCAAAGAGGACUUCCACUGGACCGCCCAGUGCUGGCGUAGAGCCGAAGGCAGCGCCAACGAUGCGUGAUACGCGAAAUGUUUCGGGCACACCUCGAACUUCAGCGAACCCUGUCGGGGGUGCGUCAGCUUUCUCGUGGAUGACUCCAGUGAGCAAGCCAAGAACGUCAACCGCAACGGAGUGA